CGGUUGUCGUCUGUCCGUGUGGCAGAUUAAACUCCAGUCGAAAUGGCCAAGUCGAAGAACCACACGAUUCACAACCAGUCUCGUAAAGCCCACAGGAAUGGCAUCAAGAAGGCCACAUCCCAGCGCUAUGAGUCACUGAAGGGGGUGGACCCUAAGUUCCUAAAGAACAUGCGCUUUGCCAAGAAACAUAACAAGAAGGGCAUGAAGGCAGCGAGGAAAGCGGCAUCAGCAGCAGCUGUGCAGAAAUAA